CUGCAUUUCCUAAUACGGCGCAGCCCUUCCAGGCAAAGGCGAGCACGUCAUCCUUCUAGCCCGCCGGAGAGAUGGCUCGUACUGGCUAUUGCUAUGGCACGGUUUUACAUGGAAAAAGGAACAUACAAAGGCUUAUACAAAAGCAUCCAAAAGACACUUAAAUUUUUCCAAACAUUUGCUUUGCUUGAGAUAGUCCACUGUGCAAUUGGAGUAGUGCACACUUCUGUGCUUGUGACUGGGGUCCAAGUGAGUUCCAGAAUCUUCAUGGUGUGGUUUAUUACACAUAGUAUAAAGCAGAUUCAGAAUGAGGAGAGCGUUAUUCUCUUUCUGGUCGUAUGGACUGUGACAGAGAUUACUCGAUAUUCCUUCUACACAUUCAAUAUGCUCAACCAUUUGCCAUACUUCAUAAAAUGGGCCAGGUACAAUUUUUUCAUCAUCUUAUAUCCAGUAGGAGUUGUUGGUGAACUUCUAACAAUUUAUACUGCCUUACCCUACGUGAAGAGAUCGGGCAUGUAUUCAGUGAGACUUCCCAACAAGUAUAAUGUCUCUUUUGACUAUUACUACUUCCUUCUCAUUGUCAUGGCCUCCUAUGUACCAUUGUUUCCACAACUGUACUUCCACAUGCUUCGUCAAAGAAGAAGAGUGCUCCACGGUGAAGUGAUAGUAGAAAAAGAUGAUUAAAACAACCCUUGUUCUUGUUGCUCUUUCUCAGAAUAACAAACCAAAAUGAUAA